ACCACUUCCCUGAAAAAUUCUAAUUUCCCUCCCCUAUUCUCUUGUGUCUCCCUCCUAAAACAUGUUCAUUUUUACUUUAACCUUAAAUGGAUUCUCCUCCCAAAAUUCAUCCCCAGAUCUCGAUCUCUACCCCUCUUCUCUUUUUGUCUAAUCUCUCGUCUGAUUGAACGCGAACCAAAGGAAGAGGAACAUAAAUCGAAAGCCAUCCGAUUCUAGACCUUAAUAAGAUCUCUGAAAACCAAUUAAGGACUGACGUGAUUAAGGAUGAUAAUUUGGGUGGUGUGAAUUGUGAAGAUGAGUGGUGGUAGCAGUAAAAUGGUUUCUGCUGCUAGCCUGAGAAGAACACACACAAACGAGAAACAGAUUUCUUUCGAUAUUGAAAAUGAUACAGAUGGAGGGUUGAAAUACUCGAAUACAACAGAUUUCGGUGAUAGAAAUAGAGAGGUUUUGGCAAGCAACAAGAGCCCGAUUGUCGUUGUCGAUAUACUCAAAACAUUGUUUUUUAUACACGUUUGGUACACAUUCAGCAUAUUACUCACAUUGUAUAAUAAGGAACUAUUGGGAGAUGAUCAGGGGAAAUUCCCCACUCCUUUGUUAAUUAAUACGAUUCAUUUUGGAAUGCAAGCCGUUUUUUCAAAGGCGAUUGUAUACUUUUGGUCCGAAAGAUUCCAACCGACAGUAACUAUGUCAUGGAAAGACUACUGUAUGAGAGUUGUACCAACUGCUAUAGGAACAGCACAGGAUAUAAAUUUGAGCAAUGCAUCACUCGUUUUCAUAUCGGUUACAUUUGCAACCAUGUGUAAAUCUGUUGCUCCUAUAUUUCUCCUAAUAUUUGCUUUUGCAUUCAGGUUGGAAUCUCCAAGUUUUAAACUUUUAGGCAUUAUGUUGCUAAUAUCUGCUGGAGUAUUAUUAACAGGAAGUUGCAUUGUUAACUGAUGGGAAAUUUUCAGGUGGUUCCCAUGGAUAUGUUGUUGGAAAAAUUUGCCCUGAAGCACAAGUUUCAUCAUUUUCUAGUGAUAAUGAUAUUGGAUUUCCUAUUUUGCACCUAAAUAAAAGUAAAAAAAAUCCAAAAAAAGAGCAAAGUGUUUAUUUGGUGUAGUUAUUUUUUUUAUGGAACAUUAGUAAUAAUGCACAUUUAUUCCACAUGAUUUUGAGUCUAGUUCAUCAAACAAAUUUUUGUUCACAAAUCUGUUUUUAAGAGAGAAAAAAACAACCUAUUGAGAUUUCAUUUAUUCUAUCAUUGUAAAUACAGGAUUCUGUUCCAUGAUGUUAGGUGUGCAAGCUGGUUAUGUGUUGUGAAGGGAUGUGGCUUGACCCGUUCGAAGUAAGGCUUCAAAUGGAGGAGGCUUUACUUUCAAGGUACUAUAUUUAUCAUUUAGUGUAAAAGAAGACUUUAUGUGGAUUGGUGAAUGUAUCGGAAAUAAGGGAAAGUAGUGCCAAAACAGAAGGAUAGACUUUGGAUUCAUUAUUUGCAAACAUGAAGGAGCAAAGGAUGAAGGUUUUAUCGCAGCAGCAACACAAUGGACCUGGACAACCAAGGCAUAUGUUUUCUUCUAAAUGGCUAUUGAAGACCUUGAGAGUGAUCCACAUGAAGUAGUAGUUGCAUUAUUUGUAGAUAGCUUAUGAUCAAAAUCUUAUGUAAUAUAUUAUUUAAAUUUAAACCUUAUGUAUGGAUUUUGGUU